ACUUAAAUGAGGCAGCUACAGCAGUAUUUUACAUUUGCAUGAGAGAAGCCUCAGAUGUCUAGUUUAAUUAUCUGAAAUGCUGGACUUAUUUUGCUGUCAGUGAGUAUCGAGCACAGCUGGUUCUGUGUCAGAGCAGUAUGAAAGAGUAAACCAAUUGGAAUGUGGGUGGGGGAAGCUUAUUAUGGUAAUGAGUUCCAUUCAGUCCCUCUGCUACUAGCAAAUCUAAGCUCAGAGCAAGACUGUCAAAGGAAACCAUAAUUCCAAAAAAAGACUCCCAGAUUGCUAAGAGACCGUCUGGACCUUUAAACAACGCAAGCCCACCUCAGUAUUACACAGAAUAUUAUGGAAUAAUCAAACUUGAAUAGCAGGGAUACAAUGAAGGUUCAUAAUCUUUUGGCAAAGGCACUGUAUGACAACAGAGCUGAAAGUUCUGAUGAACUGGAGUUUCGAAAAGGAGAUAUUGUAACUGUUAUUGAGCAAAAUGUGAUGGGCAGUGAAGGCUGGUGGAAAUGUUCUCUAAAUGGUCGUCAAGGAUUAGCUCCAGCUAAUCGUCUUCAGCUCAUCACAACACUUGAAAGUGGUCUGGUGACAAAUUAUGGUAAAUCCAACCCUGUAAUACCAAAUCAUCAAAAUAUCUACCAGGUUCCUUCUAUCCAGAAGGGAGCAAUCUCCUCAGUACCCAAGGAACAGGUGGCCAGUAUAUAUAAGGUACCAUCUCAGCCUACGGUAAAUCCAAGUGGUUUAUACCAGGUGCCAAUAUCAACAUCACCUGCAAAAACAUGUACUGAAAACUCACAGAACAAUAUAAAUCAGCACCCAUUUAAUUCUUCUAAAAACUGCUACCUCAUCUCACGAUGCUCACUGCCAGGCCCUGAAAAGGAGGUAUUUGAUGUGGCUGCAUCACAGAGACGGGAAUCCUGUUUUGCCGGCCAGGCUCAUAACAUUUCUCCAUGCAAUUCCAAAGAUUCAGCUUAUGAUGUUCCUCCAUCAUUUGUAAACCCAGCCCAGAAAACAGUCCCUGGAUAUUACAGCACUCUGCCAAACCCUCGUAAGUCUGACUGGAUCUAUGAUACUCCUGUGGUACCUGAAAAAUCUGAGGACAGUCCUUGGGAACAGCUCCAUUAUGAUACAAUGCCUAGCAAAGGACAUCUUGCAGAAUCCCAGCCAGUACUGUAUGACAUACCACCAGUCAGGUAUGGAAGUGGCAUCCUGUACAGCAGCUCACCUUCAAACUGCAGUGCAAGGAGUGUGCAGUCACCAAUGUAUGAUAUUCCACCAAACAGACCUCUGUACGAUGUUCCACCAUCACGAGAUACCACUGUGAAACAAAACUUGAACUAUGACAUUCCGCCUAGUCCCAGAAAAUUACAUGGGAGUAUUUAUGAUACGCCAAAGACAUGUCCUCAGGAUAGAACCAGUGGUGAACCAAAAAAUAAGACAACUGAACAAGCCACAUAUGAUGUUCCAUCCCAUAGUUCAAGCACCGGUAAAUUGCUACUGAAUGAUGCAGAACAUGACACUUCCUCUAUUUCAAGUUCUAACAGUGGAGACAGUGCAAUAUCGACACUGUCAGCAUCUUCCAGUGAGUCCUUGACAUCGUCCCCUUCUACAGUAGUUAAAGAAGUGACCCUUGAUGCUGAAUCAGCUAUAAGGACACUGAAUGAGUUACAGACUAAAGUAUGUACUUCUAUAGCAGACCUGAUGAUCUUUGUAAGCAGCAAGUGGAGGUUGCGUAUCCACUUGGAAAAGACUAUCAAGGACAUCCACAGGGCUGUUGAUAACAUCACAGAAUCCUUGACUCAGUUUAUUGAGUUUGUACAAGGUAUAAGAAUAAAUGCAUCCCAUCUGUCUGACAGUAACCUGCAGGCCAGGUUGUACAAGCAGCUGCAGAUUGUUGAAGAUUCCUACCGGAUCCUCUUGGAAACUGGUGAAGCACUAAAUGAAAGCCAGUGGUCACUGGAUGAUCUUAUUGUGAACAAUCCAGAGUCUAAUUCAGAUGACCUUGAUCGAUUUGCACUAGUUGCCCGUACAGUUCCAGAUGACAUCAAACGUUUUUCAUCCAUCAUAAUUGCAAAUGGAAAGCUUAUCUUUAAAGCCAGCCAGAAGCAAAAUGAAUCACGGCAAACCCCUAGCUCUACAGGUGAAAAUGAAAAGAAAAUCAAGAACAGUUACUGUACGCUCCCAGCAUCACAAAACAGUAAAAAGAAUUCUGUUAAAAGAAACUCUUCAUUGUGUGCAAAAAAAGGUCAUUCUGAAAAUUUGUCAGGAGCAGCCAAAGAAGAAGAAUGGGGUUAUGUUCAUCUGCCGAAAAAGGAUGACUUGGCUAAAGACAAAGCUCCUGCUUUACCGCAAGUGAAGAAAACGGUCAAGACCAUACAAAAGAAAGGAAAUUAUUCGCCUGAACUGCAUCAUAAAUCUGAGUGGAUUCAUCAAGGUGCUGAACUGAAAAAUAAUCCAGAACAGGCUGCUGGAACCACAAAAAGUUCUACCGUAGUGAGUCAGAAUGAUCCAGAGCCUAAGGAAUACCAUGUUGCCCACUAUAAGCUGUACCUGGGUGCCCUCCAGAAAGCCAUCAAUGGAUUCUGCACUGGGAUCAGUAGCAACCAGCCUCCAGAGACAUUCAUUACACAGAGUAAGCUUAUCAUCAUGGUUGGGCAGAAGCUGAUUGAUGCAAUCUGCCAUGAGGCACAGUGGAAAGAAACGAGGAAUGAUGUGCUUCGCAGUAGCAGCCACCUCUGCAGUUUGUUGAAAAACUUGGCACUGGCAACAAAGAAAGCUGCCACACAGUACCCUAACCCAGCUGCUACACAGGAACUAGAAGCCAAGGCGAAGGAGCUUUCUCAGCACACACAGCAGUUCAGAGCAUUAUUGGAUCUAUAGUGUUAAAUACAUAUACAUUUACGAACUGUUAGAAAUGCCUUUCAUUGAAGAUUCAGCUUAUGGUUUACAGUAAUAACUGUACUGCUGUACUAUUUUUUUUAAAUUGCUGUUUAUUAGCUAUUUGUUGCAUUUUCUAAUUUAUUGCCAAAAAAACAAUUGUGCAUCUUACCGUCUUCUAAGUGUAAUAAAACUCUUUUUUUAUUUUUAUUUUUUGCAUUAAAUGAGCAUAGUCCCUCUACAGAAGAGAAUGCACUUUUAAUUUAAACUCAUAGUUAAGUUCUGUAGAAAGUCUUUUGUGAAGCAGCCUUAUUAACUAACUUAUAAGAAUAAUACUUAAUGAAGAAUGUUAUUAGUAAAUAAAUAAUACAAAAUGCUUUAGAUAAAAACUUUA